AUGGGAGAAGUUCAGAGGAGCUUCCAGGCUCCGGCGGUGAAGUCCUUCGAGCACUACGACUUCUCCAGAGCCAAGAUCUGCUGCAGCCUGACGUGGCUGGUGGCCAGGGCGCACGGCUCAGACUGUAUCCCAACAGACCUCAAGGAUCCCUUCUACAUAGACCAAUACGAGCAAGAGCACCUGAAGCCUCCUGUGACCAGCCUCCUGCUGUCUGCCGACCUUUACUGCAGGGCCGGCAGCCUCAUCCUGAAGAGCGACGCCUCCAAGCCCCUGCUGGGCCAUGAGGCCGUGAUCCAGGCGCUGGCCCAGCGAGGACUCUACAUCAUGGACCAGGAGAGACUGGUCACCGAAAGAGACCUUCGAAAGAGGCCUCUGCAAAUGAGCGCCCACCUGGCGAUGAUCGACACUCUGAUGAUGGCGUACACGGUGGAGACUGUGAGUGCCGAGACGGUGAUGGCCUGUGUUUCUCAGUAUUUGCCCUGUAAGCCUGAGGUGGAGAUGCCAUAUGAUACAGAAGAUGCAGUGACCACCUGGAUCAACAAGGUGAAUGAAUAUCUGAAAGACACCGUGGCUCAGGAGCUGAGGAAGAAGGAGACGCAGAGUGAGGAGCCUGCGGAGAGUCCUCGGUCUCCAACCAAGUGGUACAUGAAGCUUGUGCCUGCCCGCUACAGGAAGGAGCAGGCCUCGACCCUGUCAGGCCCCUGGAUCCCCCCGGUGGACAACCUGCUGAAGGACAGCACAGACGGCUCGGCCCUGGGUGCUCUGCUGCACUUCUACUGCCCUCAGCUGCUCCCGCUGGAAGAUGUGUGUCUGAAGGAGAACAUGACGCUGGCCGAUCGGCUCCACAACCUGCAGCUCAUUCAGGACUUCUGCAAAGACAACCUGAACAGCUGCUGCCACUUCAGCCUGGAGGACAUGCUGUACGCCUCCUCCACCAUCAAGAAUAACUACCUGGUGUUCAUGGCAGAGCUUUUUUCGUGGUUCGAGGUGGUCAAGCCGUCCUUUGUGAAACCGAGACUGCUGGACAGCGAAGGCACAGAAACAUUAUCCUUGUUGAAGAAUAUACCAGCCAUCCCCAUCUCCAAGGCAACCAAGAGAAGCUUCCUGGAAAGACCCCCCAGUCCCGAAAGAGUCAGUUUGCCCCUCCGACCUCAGCCUAAAAACUCAGGAGACAUGAGGAAGUCGACCUCAAUGUCUUUUGUUGAUGGAAACCUCGGCACCUGGCCCAAAGAGAAGAGGUCCGGGCCUUACGGAGUGUCUUUUGACAUCCCCUUUGACAGAGAGGACUCUGGUCCCACUGCCUCCACACGAGGCAUGGUCAGGUCUGUCAGCACCGACGACGGCUCCGGUUUCAAGGUCCACAGCCUGCCCAGAGGAAUGAAGCGCAACUUGUCCUUCCAGCCGGUGAACGGUCAGAGCAUUGGCAUCGAGGAGGAGGGCUGCCCAGACAGCCUAGCUGGUGCGGAACCCAGCAGGCGAGCUUUUCCCAGUGGACACGAGGGCGCCAUGGCAACAGCUCCCUCCAUCGAGGAGGCCCUUCAGAUUAUCCACAGUCCCAGCAGGCCCCCGGUGGAGGGUAUCAACAGCGGUUUCUUCCUCCACAGUCAGGGACAGGGCGCCGGUGGCUUAGAGCCGGUGUCAGAGUUGGACUCCAAAGGACCCUCGAGCACCACAGACACCACAGGGCUGGACACAGGCGUCCAGCUCCGAACAGAGGACAUGCUAGACGAGGAUUCCUCUUUGAAAGACUCCGUGAACAUGGAGCUGGACAUGGACACGCCGAGCCCAUGCCCGAGCAGCCAGAGCAAAUCCCCCUCAGGAACGAAGCUGACCAACUUUGCCGAGCAUAAGUUCAAGAAGAUCAAUCCAUCGGCGCCAGACUCCGGCAGGGGCUCGCUCAAGACCACGCCCGAGGGCUCCGAGUUUGGCCUCCCGUUAUCCGUCUCCUGGGCGCCGACCCCUGAGCACAGCCCCGUCCACCAGCAGACCCCGGCGCCCCCUACUGUCCGGGCGUCGCCCACGCCUGUCCAGCUUCCACCCAAUGACCCCGCUCAAGUCAUGGCUACGGAGAUGGUGCAGCUGAGGAUGAGGCUGGAGGAGAAACGGAAAGCCAUCGAAGCGCAGAAGAAGAAAGUGGAGGCUGCUUUUACCAGGCACCGGCAGAAGACGGGUCACUCGGCGUUCCUCAAUGUGGUGAAGAGGAAAGGGGACGGCGCUGCGAGCGGUGAGGAGGGAGGCAAAGUUGAGGGAGAAGGAAAGGCAGCAAGUCCCGUCUUUAAAUUCGGGAGGAGCAAGGCCGACACACCCGAUGGGGCGGAGCAAAGCAACACAGCCUCCUGCUGGACAAAGUCACCAGGAGCAGGAGAGGAGGGAGGACAAAGCCCGGCUCAGCUGACCGAAGUGGACCUCACAGAGUACACACGGUCCAUCGAUAAGCUCAACCACUCGCUGGCCUUCCUCCAGACCGAGAUGCAGCGCCUGGCUCAGCAGCAGGAGGUCAUCAUGGCCAUGAGGGAGCAGCAGCAUCAGCAGGCGUGGGUGGUCGCUCCUCCGUUCACCGACCCCUCGCCACAAAAGCACCGAGCUGUCACCCGCUCCUCAGGACCCUCCUCUCCCGCCGACUCCCCUCGUUCCACCCACCGCUCUCCAACCAGCAUCAAGCGCAAAUCGGCCUCCUUCCACUCGCGCAGUCCUCGCACCCCCCGUCCCACCGAGCUCAAGCUGACCCCCUUCAACCGGGUCCUGAACGCCCCGCAGUCUGUGGACAGCAUCCCGAGGCUGCGGCGGUUUUCUCCCUGCCAGCCUUUGGCGAGUACCUUUGUUUACAUGGGGGAGAAACCGGCGCGUGUCAAUCCAGAGACAGUGGCCCCAGAUGGAGAGAAAGACAAGGAGGCGGAUCUCCUCCUUUCCCCAGAGAGGGAGAUUGCCAGUAUUUGUGUAGCCCACUCACCCCCUACCUCCCCGAGCCUGCAGAACAAAAUAAAGCAAACAAAAGUAGAUUCAAACGCCAAAACCCAGGAAACGGCGGCACACAGCCAAUCCGAGAUCGCCGACAUGGAGAAAGUUGACCAGAAACCCGCUGUUCAGAAGUCAGCUGUAGAUGUUCUGGCCCACCCUGUGGUGGAGACCUUCACGGUGACACCUACUGAGAUCCCUACCCAGCCAGAAGCCUCGGGUCAAGCCAAGAGCAACCUGAUCGAGGUUCCACUGUUAGUGGGGAAGACGCUGGAGGACCUGACACUGGAUGAUGGUUUGGAUAUGCAGCAGGGAGAUGUGGACGGCCCAGAGGAGGAGCAGAGGAGGGGUCGCGGUUUCUUCUUCAAGGAGGAUGGGAAGCCCGAGGAGAACAUGGCCCAGAAGAGGGCGGCGCUGCUGGAGAAGAGGAUGAGGAGGGAGAAGGAGAGUCAGCAGAAGAAGAUGCAGCUGGACACCGAGCUGGAGCAGAAGAAAGAGGAAGCUCGAUUGAAAGCAGAGGAGGAGCGUCUCAGGAAGGAGGAGGACAAGUCCAGGAGGGAGUUCAUCAAACAGGAGUAUCUCAGGAGGAAGCAGCUCAAGCUCAUGCAGGACAUGGACACCGUCAUCAAACCUCGACCAGGGGGCGGCACCAAGCAGAGGCGGGGCCGGCCCAAGUCCAUCCAUCGCGACAGCAUGGACUCCCCCAAAACCCCUGUCAGAGCUGCCACAGUCUCCAGCUUGUCCCUGGCGUCGCUCCGCCUGGGAGACGGCGACAGCGUCCAGUCUGAGAAGAGGACGCCGAGAAGUGCUAGUUUAGCCUCUGGCAGCCUCCUCCACUUUCUGAGCUCUCCUAAACUGAGAAGGAGAAGACCAGACUCUGCAGAUGGCUUCCUGUCCCCGAGUCGCUCCAGCAGCAGAAACGGAGAGAAGGACUGGGAGAACGGAUCCACAACCUCCUCUGUUACAUCCAACACAGACUACACUGGACCGAAGCUCUACAAGGAGCCCAGUGCAAAGUCUAAUAAGCACAUUAUACAGAACGCCAUGGCCCACUGCUGCCUCGCAGGCAAGGUCAACGAGGGGCAGAAGAAUAAGAUCCUGGAGGAAAUGGAGAAGUCGGGGGCCACCAACUUCUUGGUGUUGUUCCGUGACGCCGGCUGCCAGUUCCGCUCGCUCUACACCUACUGCCCCGAGUCGGAGGAGAUGAACAAGCUGACAGGCGUCGGCCCGAAGAGCAUCACGCGCAAAAUGAUCGACGGCCUCUACAAGUACAACUCGGACAGGAAGCAGUUCAGUCAGAUACCGGCCAAGACCAUGUCGGCCAGCGUGGACGCCGUGACAAUUCACGGCCACCUCUGGCAAACCAAGAAGCCACCCACCCCGAAAAAAGUAGUGCCUGCCCUGUCCUAAUGGAACAUCGCCGUUCCCCCUUCUCAUUUGGAACAAACACAUUUCAAUUUGCACUUCACUGUACAUAUCCAUAAAGAUUCAAACACCUGCAAUGCCAGUUAGAUGAAUGCAUAC